CUGUGACAGGAUCAGCUGUCAUCUGAUCUGUCAUUGCCAUGAUAAUUUUAAUCAAUGUGCGGCUACAAGAAUUGUAAAAUAAAUAAUAAUUGAUGAAAUAAGCUUGAUAUUAGUUGUUAAACCAUGGCUUUAUCGUUUUUACGUAGUAGUGUAAUUGCCCGCAACGUUAAAAGACAACUUUAUCAGAAUAAACGCAACGCUGGAUACGUUGUUCUAAUUCCAGAGAUAGGAGAGGAUGCAGAAAAUACUUUACUGUCCGACAAUGGACUACCAGAGUUUAAUGACAUCUCAAUCGAAAAAUGCAUAGCCACAAUCAGUAAGCAGAGUUUAGAGUACGAAAAUGGAGUCCGACAGAUUGAACAUGCUUCAGAAAAUUGCAAAAAUGCAUUUGUUGAAGUAUUUAAGCCAUUGGAAAAGUUAGAUUCACAGUUGGAACUGACAUGGGGAAUGGCAAAGACUCUGUACCUCGGAAACAGUUCACUCAUGCCCACAAAAUCAUAUAUACACAUACAUGAGAGAGCCCACAAGGCUCGCUCCACAAAAUUCAACAGCAUACCCAUCUUCCAAGCUGCAGUCACAGAAAAAAAUAGACUUAAAAAACUAACAGAUGAAGAACAGAGGCUACUUGAUAAGUACAUUCUAGAAGGUAAACUAAAUGGUCUAGAUGUAAAAGGCAUCAAAAGAGACAGAUUAAACAAUGUCCUGUCAGGGUUACAGAAAGAAAGGCAGAUGUUCAGAGACAAAGUGAAUAUAGCUAAUAAGGUCUUCACAAGCACUAUAAAGGAUGACAGGCUUAUGAGAGAAUUCCCAGAUACUCUAGUCUACUCUAUGGCAAUGGGUGCUGACCCUCAAAAAGGCCCAUGGAAGGUUACUUUGCAACCCCAUAUUUAUGAGCCAUUCAUGCAGUACUGCCCUGAUAGAGACCUGAGAUGGAAUGCUUGGCAGGCUCAUGUACAAAGAUGUUCCAACUACGUCAACAAAGAACUUGAAACUGGCACGAAUCUGGAAAAUAUAAGGAGUUUACGCAGAGAGCAGGCCACCAUACUUGGUUAUGAAACGUAUGCAGACAUGAGCAUGGAAACCAAAAUGGCUGGUUCUGUUGAAAAUGUGAACAAUGUGCUUGACAGUUUGCUGGAGAGUGCCAGGUCCAUGCAGGAUGUGGAACUUGAGUUGCUGCAGAGAUAUGCACAGGAGAGAGGCUUUGAUGUCAAACUAGAACAGUGGGACAUACCUUAUUGGCAAAGGAAACAGAAAUGGUCCCUGUAUGGUUUUGAUGAAGACAAAAUUAGGGAGUACUUCCCACUACCCAGAGUGAUUACUAGUCUUUUCAAUUUGUGCAGCCAAUUAUUUAACAUCCAAAUUGUUGAGCGAACGGGCAUCCAUACUUGGCAUAAGGAUGUUAAGUUCUAUGAUGUUUAUGAUGAGUCUAGUGAUGCCCCUAUUGCCAACUUUUAUCUGGACCCAUAUGCACGCCAGGACCUUAAAAUACGCAUUUACGAUGAUGCUGGGUGGCAUAUUGCAAUCAGAAACAAAUGCACAUCUACUGAGACAACCCCAUUAUCAGCAUUAAUAUUUAAUUUCCAAACUCCAAGUGAAGACAAACCAUCUUUACUGACCUUCAAUGAGGUUGGUAUUCUGUUCCAAAGAUUUGGUCAUUGUCUGCGUCAUUUACUGACAAAGGCUAAUUACUCUGAAGUGGCUGGACUUUCUAAUGUCGAGUGGGAUGCUGCCGAGGUUUGUGGCCAAGUGAUGACUCACUGGCUUUAUGACCCCAACACUAUUAGAUCAGUGAGUGGCCAUUGUGAAACAGGAGAGCCUUUACCAGAUGACAUUGUGAAGAACUUGCAAAACAUCAGAGGGCACAUGUCAGGAUACAACUUGUGCAAAGAACUUUAUCUGUCCAAACUUGACUUGGAACUGCACUCGAAAAAGGCUUUCUGGAGAGACAUUGUUAGGGAAUUGUGGCCUAAAUACCAUGCUUUACCUUUUGACAAGUAUGACUCUCAUCCUCUUUCGUUUACUAAGAUCAUCUCUGAGGAAUGGGGCAGUGCGUACUAUUGUCGUUUGUGGUCGAGAAUGAUCGCCGCUGACAUCUACAGUGCAUUUGAGGAAGCCAGGCAAGGUGACCAGGAUGUCCUGGAUGUGGGCAAGAGGUAUAGAGACACAUUCUUGGCUGUUGGAGGUAGUUGUCACCCCAGUGAGGUGUUCAGGAGGUUCCGCGGAAGGGACCCCUCCCCACACGCACUACUUAAGAAUCUUGGUCUACCCAAAAAAGCUAUUGAAGAGUAAAACAUUCAGUUAAUGUAUUAUAAUUUUAUUCCUAAUAUUAUAAUGUUUCUGGUGUA